GUUAACCAUUUGCAAAAGGACAAUGCUGACAAACAUGUUGACGUUAGCCACUUAUUGUUUAUACUCCAAACAGUAGGCGACUGAAUCAUGCACUCUUUCCUCAAGUCUUUCCUACUUUUCAAUUGCUGCGUGGCACAGAGGGUAAGUGUGUAACCUAAAACCAAAUGGUUUUGGAUUAGGGUUUCGUAUCAUCACCUGAGCGCAUGUUGUUGUUGUGUCCCUAUUCGAGCAACUUCACUCUCACUACAUUUGAAUGAAUGCUGUUGGAUGUUUGGUUUUGUUCAGGGGGCUGUUAUGUGCAGAAUGGCAGCUUUGCUUCCAUCAGCCUAGCCCCAGAACAGUUGUGGGUUCAAAAGUAGAUAACUUACCGCCACUAAGUUAGGAAUGAAUUGUGCAUGCAAAGUGCCUAAUGCAUUAUGAUCAUUAUUGAAUGUAACGGGACAAGUACUGAAGCUCAAGUAAUGUUUGAAUUUUUUAAUUGUGUUAUUUUGCAGAGUAUACAGGAUAUUCUUUUGAUUGUUCUCCCUGGAAGACGAGCGUUAAGGCUGCCAGAGACCGAGUGACAUCAUCCAAACUACAAUAUACUGUAUAAACAGCGACAAACACCUUUAAAGACUCAUUUUACAGGCCAUCCAUGCAUCCAAUCAUUCUCUUUGCAUGGAUGGCUUGGGAAUUCAUUUUUAUGUGAUGGUUGGGUCCAAUUGUGCUCGACCGCAUUGCGCAGCGUGCAGCGAAUCUUAAUGCACCAUUCGACCAGCAUCGGCUUGUGGAGUUUUCAUGUUCUCCCUGUGCCUGCGUGGGUUUUCUCCAGGCACUCCGGUUUCCUCCCACAUCCAAAAAACGUGCAACAUUAAUUGGACACUCUAAAUUGCCCCUAGAUGUGAGUGUGGUUGUUUGUCUCCAUAUGCCCUGCGAUUGGCUCGCAACUAUUUCAUGGUGUACCCUGCUUCCUGCCUGUUGACAGCUGGGAUAAGCUCCAGCUCUUUCGUGACCCUUGUGAGGAUAAGUGGUAAGCAGUAAACUCAUUACACUUGUAAGCAAGAGUAGCUAUUCGAGUUGAGCUUGACCAUGUGCUAUUGUCCUUGAAAAACAAUGGCAUUAUGAAACUCCUCUUCACAUUUCAAAAAGGAUGAAAUACAACUUGGCAGCAGCAUAAGAACGGAAAGGGGGUGUCUUGUAUGCUGUUCUGUGAGGUUUUGGUUUUAGGGUUAACAAGGGGCUAGAUUAACUGUGAAGCUAUGUGACUGCAGCUAUAAAGGGAGGAGAGAAAGGGUGAUUUUGAGGUCCAGUAUCAAACAAAUGAAAGAUGAUUUUGAUGAGAAGCUAUCAAAUACACUUCUAACUGCCAUCAUGAUAUUUUUUUAAAAUGAAGUGUACAUAGUUCAAUAGAUUUCCAACACCAUUAGCAGAAUCUUAAAUGGAUGUUUGAUGCAGUACAAUAGCAGAAAUUAUAUUUUCAACCCUGGGUCACCAUUUAUUCAAACAAAAUGACUCAACCUUCUUAAAUUAAGGAAAUGCCAAAAUCACAGACAAAUACACAGUAGGUUCUUUCAUAUUGUUGUACAUAUCCCAACAUUACACCUAAUGGGCUUUCUUGCAGUGCCUGGUGUAGCUCUCUUUUGCAUUUUGCCUUUGUGAGAACAGAAAAGGAAGCGAUUAAUGGACCCCUGUUGGUUGGUUUACAACCCUACCAAAGACAAUGGCUGGUGAUGGCAUUAAGGAAAAAGUCUAGUGGCUGAAAGUCCGAGCCCAGGUCACUAGUGUUGCCAGAGAAUUGGGAGAACGCAUAAGUACAAACACAAAGUUCAUAAAAUGAUUAGCAAUAAUGGAUUGCUAAUGUUUGCAGAAACAUGAAAAAAAGUUGUAUGGCAUGACUGGCAAAGAGAGUAAACAUUAAGACAGAGGCAUGCAAAUGGAGAUACAGCAGUCAUGCUUAAACAUUUUGUUGCAUACAAAAGACUUACUGAGGAGUCAUGCAUGUUAAACAUAUACUAGUCAUAACAUAGAUAGCUAUGAUGAAAAGUUGUAUUUUCAUUCACUGUAUGUUGAACUCAAUAGACCUUUCAUUCGGUACACCUUCACAUUCCAACCAAAGAACAGAGAAUAACAAUCACUACUUCAUAUGGAGAACAGUUUUAAAUUGUGAAUUACUUAAAUGAGAAGCAAACUAUCAAAAAUACCAUCACAGUUUGACAACGUGGCAAAAUAGGACCAAGCUAAACAUUGUUUAAAUCACGUCUUUGAGAGUGUUUUAAAAUCAUCCAUCCAUACAGUAUAUGCAUGUACAGUAUGUGAUUGUGUAGCUAUAGGUGGUGUAUUUGAUGGGUUGAUUGUGUUUUUUUUUGUUUGUUUUUUUCUCCAUUUUAAAAUAUUUUAUUUCUUUGUAUUUAAAUGCUUUUACUCAUGUAAACCGCAUUGCGUUACCUUGUGUAUGAAAUGUGCAAUACAAAUAUAUUUGCGGUGCUUUGCUUUGCUUUACUUUGGUAUUGACUCUGUCUAGGUACCUGCAAUAGUUAAAAUACUAUCAUUAUUAAGUCUUGUUAUUGUGGUCUAUGGUGGUGUAGGAACCUGUAAACCAUCCAUCUGCUCUCAACACCAAUUUUUCUGUUCAGGGACAGGAAAUAGUGGAGCCUAGCUACCCAAGGCAGACCACACCCUGAACUGGUUGCCAGUCAGUUACACCCAACCAAUUCACCAUCACAUUUACACUGGCACUGAGUGGGAACAGGGCUCCCUCAGGCGAAUCUACCUGUACACCACCAGCUAUAAUAACCCCAAAAACUAAAUUUGUGCACACCAACUGAAUGCUUUUGUUUUGCUCGUAUUUUGUGUCAACUAGACCCAAGUUAGAGGCUUCCACAGUAUGUGAGGCUUCCUGUUUGCUACACACUUUUCCUGUUGUGGUUCUUAUCCUCGGGAGGACCAUGGAACUAAAAAAAAUUAGGAUUUAUGAAUUCGAAAUACUGUAUCCAUGGAAUGUCUCCAUUUCAUGAUGACACACUUACACAUUUGAGAUAUUUAGGACAUUUGUUUGUUGUCUAUGUAUAACAGAAUAUUAAAAUAUGUAUUCACUAGCACACAUAAUUCACAAAAAUUUAAAUAUUCCCUUUUUCUUUACAGAAUAGCAUUUUAAACAUAUACAAUGAUGAGGUUAAUAAUGUUUUUUUAAUCUCCAUGUAUAUUUCUGUAUUUUCUCACUCAGUCUUCCAGAACACGCACUAUCGACUGAAAUGUGAGGAAUUAUACACUACUACACGGUCAUUCAACCUUGCCCUCUAGUGGACUUCUAUGGCUACAACACCCUUCAUAGUCAAAAGAGAGCCAAUACAACACCCUGCAUGACCUCAGGAGAAGCAGCAUUGCAUUGAACUGGGUUUGACCUGUUGAAGAACAUAAAUCCCAGCACCAGAUACUUAAUUGGUAGUGUCUACUGGUUUGUAAUAAGGGACUGGCAAUUGGAACAUGGAGAUCCAUGAGAUACAUUCAUAUAAGUGAUGAUUAAAUGUUGGAAAUCUUACUCAAGAAUCUGCAAAUUGAGUCACCCGGGAGAGGACCCGAAGAGCCAAGAAAAGCAAAAGACGGAUGGAACGAUUUGCAAAUACAAGCAAACUACCCACAGCUACAGCAGCUCCAAAUGACACAAGGACGACCAUUUCUCACAGGUGGGAGUUCCUGGUGGCCGUCUUGGCCACCGCCAUCUCCAUCUCCCUUCUCGUGGCCAUCCUGGCUAAGUGUCAAGUGCUUCGGCGCUACCUGGCCAGCUACCGGCACACUCGUUUGAGGGAGACUGACACAGUAACCCAGCAUGAGCAGUCAGGUCUGGAGGUGGGGUUUGACAUGCAGGGGGGAUGUGAAAUGAACCCUCACCAUCUUGCGAGUGCUGAAGAUGAUGAUGGCUUCAUUGAGGACAACUAUAUCCCAACGAAUGAAAGAGAGAGAGCUGAAAGAGCAGCAGAGAACAUGGACGACACAGAAGAAGAGAUAGAUGAAAUUGAAUUCACCAUUACUUAGAUAAGGGGGGUGUUACCCCCAUGUCCACUCCUACUUUUGUUUUUUACUCUGUGUGGCAUAUUUUAAUGACCAACUGGGAAUUUCAUGAUUGAAGCGUUCAAAUAUUAUCCGGCACUUUAUUGCUCUUUCAUUUAAAGGACAUAAUCAUAAUAGCGUCAUUCAAGUGUGCAGACCUAUAAAAUUGUUUUCGGAUCUUAAAUACAAACCAAGAGGAACAUGCCCCAUUUAUUUUAGGUUUUCAUGGAAGGAAGAUUCUACUAACAUAAAAUUAAAGUCAUAAAGUUUACAGAAAAUUGCAAUGAGGAGCUGGAACGAACGUUUUUUGCAUUAUUUCACAGUUGGUUGAUUUGAUUUUGGAGCACAGGCUGUGUACAAGAGUACCUUUUUUUCUUGCUUGACUAAAAAUACACUACAAUAAAUAAUAAAUGUGUCUAUUGUAUUAAUGUACAUAAGUGUAAUAAAAGCCCACCAGUAUAAAAAAAAGAGACCAAGCAUAAAAGCAGUGCUAAAGAAAGUUAUCAUUCUUAAGAAUCAAAAUAAAAUGUACUGCUAUAUAGACAAUAAAAUGGAUCAGUCAAAGUUACAUAUAUUUUUUUCUUUAUACUGGUCAUGAUAUGGGCAGCACGGUGGAACAGCUAGAAAGCCUUGGCCUCACAGUUCUGAGGUCCCGGGUUCAAUCCCGGAUCCAUCUGUGUGGAGUUUGCAUAUUCUCCCCAUGCCUGCGUGGGUUUUCUCCAGGCACUCCGGUUUCGUCCAACCUCCCAAAAAACAUGCAACAUUAAUUGGACACUCUAAAUUGCCCCUUAGUGUGAUUGUGCAACUGUUUGUCUCUACGUGCCCUGCGACUGGCUGGCAACCAGUUUAGGGUGGACCCCGCCACCAGGCCAUUGACAGCUGGGAUAGGCUCCAGCACUCUCUGCGACCGUUGUGAGGAUAAACGGCUAAGAAAAUGGAUGGCUGGAUGGACGGAUGGUCGUGAUAUUUUUUUGCAGUUCAAUGAGCAAAGAAAUAGGAUGAAAUAUCCAAUACACAACAACAACAACAAUAAUAAUAAUAAUAAUAAUAAUAAUGUAACAACGUGUCAAAUAAACAAAUUCCUUAAGAUAUCCACUAGACUGCAAAUAUCUUUACUUUCAUACAAUAUACACUAUUGGUUGUCUAAACUGUAUGUCGUUGUAGGGCCAUUAUCAUCACAUAUCAUGAUAAAUGUAUGUAUUUCUCAACAAAUGGGAUAUGCUCCAGCACUCCUAUGACCUUUGUGAUGAUAAGAGGCACAGAAAAUGAAUAGAUGGAUGACUUUUUUUCAAAGUAAAAGUUAGCUGUUGUUGCUAGAUGUCACGAACCUCCGGUACGAGGCUGAACCGAAAUGUAGGACUCCGAGACGAGGGCAUGAUGUUAGGCAUAGUUUUAUUCAAAGCUGAGAUCAUACAUGGCGUAAGGAGUCCGAGAAGGCAGAGGCACAACAACUCUCUGCUAGGCGGGAUCCAAAAGACAUGCAGCAAAGUCUGAUGACCAGGAGGCAAACUUGGAAACACAAACUAAGAUGGGACGAAACUAUGGUGGCACAGAAUCACUGUAAUGACGAUAGCUCACACUACACUUUCUCUCGGUGGUGGAGAUUCCUGCUGGUUAGUGAACGCAACUCACUAACUCAAGGCAGCAAACUGGCAAAUGCCAGUGACAAAAACUCCAACUUAAAUGCCUGUCUAAUGACUGUUCCAAUGCAAAACAGGUCUCACCGGUGAGCGUUGUCACCCCCAGAGCAGUGGCAUGGCCGCGGCCCUCUUGGCAGUGGCCAUGUCUUGCUCAUGAGACUCGAACCAUCAUUUGUAAAACAUAGCAAUUCAGUUCUCGAGACGUAGAAUUUCAUCAACGUCACCUAAUUAUGAGAAAGUAAUCUGAACCACGGUUGAGAUCUUGAUAGAAUGAGAUCUACAACUACUGGAAAAAUGGGUGGGAGCAACAUGGAGGAACAUUAACGAUGGUGACAACAGAUUUAGAGAAGCAACAUUCCCAAUCGAUACCCCAGUUUCAGAGAAGUGUUUCAUAUUGUGAAAAAUUAUUCAUCAUUAAUGUGUUGCCUCUUCUUGUGACAACCUUUGGCAUUCGUAAAUUGUCCCUUCUAAUUGGGGGGACGCCAACACAUAAAGAAGUAUUUUUUUCCAUUUUUAUGAACUUUUGUAGCUUGCUUGACGCUGUUAGCUAUGGUAUGGGAACACAUUGUUUUGACAACAAAAAUGUUCAGCCAAUUCUAACUAGUAAACUGUGGUGCUUUACAUAAUUCACCUACGGGACCUCAAGUUAGGUUACGAGGUUCCGCAUGGACGUGAUUGUUGGUUACACUUCUGGUGUUAGUGUGUUCGAGAGUUCCCACUGUAAUGGGUUCACUCUGUUGAUGUCUGCAUUAAA